AUGGCUUAUAUGAGCAUGAUGCCAGAAAAGGCCCAGGGAAUGGCAACGAAACCCAAUGGAGCCGAGGAACAUGAUGAUGCGGAUACAUCAUCUCGCCCUCGUCUGACUCGAGAGCAAGUCUGGAUGCUGGAAAAACAAUUUCAGAUACAUCCGAAGCCAAGCAGCGACAUCAAGCGUCGGCUGGCCGAGGAGGCUGGCCUGUCCCUCCCUCGUGUCGCAAAUUGGUUCCAGAAUCGGCGAGCAAAAGCCAAGCAGCAGAGGAAGCAGGGAGAAUUCAAGCUGCUUCAGGCGGCCAGUGGCCUGACGAGCCCUGGCUAUGGUGCCAGCCAUGGCCCUGAUAUUUUCACCCCUAUUGAAAUGCCACCAGAGCUUGACUUGACUCCUACAUGGCAACAUGGCGGCCAGUUGGAUGAUCAAGCAACUGGGUUGACCAGCCCCUGCCAACUUGGCUCGCCCGCCGAACUUGACUAUGGCUUCCUUACCCAGCAUUCCAAUAUGUCUUUGCCUUAUCUUAGUGAUCACAGCGGGUACGCCAGCUUUGCCGCGAGCGAAACUUCCUCGCCCACGCAAGAGAAGAAUAUGUUGUACAUGCAUGGCCUGCAUGCAAACCACUCAACAUCAGCGGGCUUCCCUCCAUCUGCCUUUUCGGAUUAUGGCAGCAGUAGGAACUCGUCAGUCACAUGGACCCCUGCUCAGCAGAUUGAUGACCCAUUCGACUUUACGGACUCAAUUCCGCAGCUUGAGCAGCUCAGUAGCAAUUCCUCUUUAUCGAGAGACUCGGUUGAACAGGAAUGCUAUGCUAAUUUUCAGAACCCGACUGAAAUCAACCAACUACAGCAGGCUUUUCACACUGCCAGCUUCCAGUACCAGACGGCUUCGGGUGAACCGCUGCACCAGCAAGAGCAACAAUUAAUCUACCAUAGCCAUUUGCCACAGGGACAGACUCAACACUUCCAACCUGUUUUGGCUGCCGACGGGACGUUCGAUGCCGACGGAUCCAUUGUCAUAGCACAUCCCGAAAUUUUUUCGGGAAGAAAUUCGCCGUCCGACCUCAUCAGCACUUUCAACGCCGUUGGGAUAGAGCCAGAUACGACUUUGAGCCCGCCGUCCAGAGAGUCGGAGGUGUCAUUGGAUCUCGCGGCUCGCAGAAAACGACCGCGACCGGCAGCCCUAGGACAUGCUGCGCUAAGGACACAUUCGUAUUCGGGCACGACGCCUGCUUCUCCUGCUGGCAAGGGCUCUUUUCUUGGCUCCAACGCGCCGAUGCGGCGUAUUCGAUCUACCAACAAUAUCAGUCUCUUGCGAGGUCGCAUCCAAAAAAACUUGCCAGGUUCAGCGCAACGCUCCCCUCUUCCUUUUUCUACUUUUGCGGAUGCUGGUGCAUUUGAAAGAGGCUACUUCUCGGGGCGGACGCCGACGACCUCCAACCCGAUGCCCACUCCUACAGGUAGUUUUGCGCCGCCAACGCCAAGGUCACCUUCUAGAAAUGGUGCUGCACGACCCGAAUAUGGAAUAGUGACCAUGGAUGGGAACCAACCGUUGGUACUUGGUCAUGGAUACUCCAGCAGUAUGGUCCAUCCGGCGCUAGACCUGGAGACUAGUCUCGUAUCACCGCCAUCUACUCCCCUUGAGCUUGAGCUUCAAGCCAGAUUCCAGCGGUAUGCUCUCAAUCAUCAAUCACCCCCACAAUCUGCAGGACUUCAGAUGCCUUAUGGGAUGGGCGAGGGCCCAAUAACCUCUCCUACUUUUACAUCUUUCCCGACGGCAAUCCACAUGCCUCAGCCUACCUACAUGUCGCCAAUUGUGACCGAGGAGACGGAGCAAGCAAAUCAUCGCGGGAAUGAGAAUCGAACGUCCCAGACAACUGAGCGCACUUCUGCUGGGAAGAAUACUACCAAUAAUAAGCCUGCCCCAGAGCUUCUCUUCCAUCAAUAUACCCCGACCCACAAGGCUCCGCCACCUCCUCGAAUGUCUCCUCACAAGCCACGAAACUACAUUUUUACCAAUCAAGGACCGGAAGAUUUCUGA